GUGUGGAGUAACUUGCCCACCACGAUUACCCAAAAUCAUAAACAAAAUAAACUACUGAAACUGUACAUAUUAUGGUAAAGUUUCCCGUAUGCUCUGGCAUUAUGCUCCCCAAAUGUUGACUGCAAAUAUCCAAGAAGGGAAAACAAAAUUAAAUCGAUUUACAUAAAGGGCCGUCGUUAAGGAGAUUACCUGUGAAGACACGGAUAUAGCAGCCAUGAGAAGGGGGUUAUAUAGAGAGGUCUCUACACGUAGCCAGGUCAAUGGUUAAUAUUUAUAUCGAAACUACUAUUACUAACUGUUCAAUUGCUGUUAAUAUGACAAUCACAGUAAGUGUGAUGUAUUUAAUAUAUGAUUUCAUUUUUCUGUCUCUGUCUGUCUGUCUGUCUGUCGUCAAUCAUCACUAACGAGUGUCUUUCUCUACACUUGCAGAUGGGUCACCACAGUAUGGACGGGCUGGAGAUGCUUGACCCCAUCUCCUCUUCGUCAAUGACCACCCUGACCCCCAUGAGUGAUGGGGGCUCCAUGCACCAGCUCCACGGCGCCGUCUACACCCACAGCCCCAUGAACACUAUGAUGCCCCACCCGGGGCUCACACACCCACACAUGCCACUCAGCAUGCACGACACAGACACAGACCCCCGGGAACUGGAGGCCUUUGCCGAGAGGUUCAAGCAGCGGCGCAUAAAGCUUGGGGUGACACAAGCGGACGUUGGGAAGGCGCUGGCCAACCUUAAGCUCCCUGGUGUGGGCGCUCUCUCUCAGUCCACCAUCUGCAGGUUCGAAUCCCUGACCCUGUCUCACAACAACAUGAUCGCGCUGAAGCCAGUGCUGCAGGCGUGGCUGGAGGAGGCCGAAGCUCAGGCCAAGAACAAACGACGGGACCCAGAGGCGCCCUCGGUCCUGCCCAUGGGCGAGGUAGAUGAUAAGCGCAAGAGAACGUCCAUCGCUGCGCCGGAGAAGCGGUCACUGGAGGCGUACUUCGCGGUUCAGCCGCGGCCAUCGGGGGAGAAGAUCGCCGCCAUCGCCGAGAAGCUGGACCUGAAGAAGAACGUGGUCCGCGUCUGGUUCUGCAAUCAGCGCCAGAAGCAGAAGAGAAUGAAGUUCGCCGCCACCCAGAAGCAGAUGGCGGGCGGCAACGUGCACAGCUCCAUGGGAUCCAUGAUGACUUCGCCCAUGCCGCCACACACGCCUGUCCCAUAGUGGAUGGCCUCCCCUGGUGCCCGCCCGGCCCUGGACCUGCCCGCCCGCUCCGCCCAUCAGCAACAGCAACAGCAGCAGGGGAAUCGCCUAUCACCUAAUACCGUCGCCAACACCGCCCCGUGCCCGCCCACGCCCCGCCCGUUAUGGACGGAUCAAGGCGACGCAGGGGACAGGUGGGUGGCGCCAGGUCCCUCGUGGGCGUAUAGCUACGCCUACGCUGCCGCCCACGCCCAUCAGGCCACUCGCCAACUGACGCAGUGACGCUCACCGUGGGACGCCCAUGGUGAGCAAUGGGCGGAGGCGUACCACGAGCCUUGUCGUACAUAUCAGUGAUAUAUAUUUGUACGCUGCUUGGUGUAUGGAGGCGGAGCCAUGGGUGACACCGGAGGCACUCAAGCCCCGGCACUCCAGGAGUCCGUUGAUGGUGGCCAUGGCCCAGUCUGUGGCCUCUCUGGGGCCACACCAGGCCGCCGAGGGCCAGCGCUAUGGCCGCAUCAUCGUCCACGGCAUCAGGGGUUAAUACGACCCUCUAGUGAUGGGGUCACGGUGACUUAUACAGUGCCCUUGCUCUCGAUAUGACCUGAAGUCAGCCUCGUUUAGGAAAGUAAUGACCUUUUGGAGUCACUUGUAACGUUAUUAAAUUGGACUUGGAAAAGGAAAAUAAAAGAAACAUUUGUGAUUUUUGACACUCUUCGAAGGCUUGACUGUGAAAUCCGUGAACGUCAGGACACUUUGUACAAAAUUAGUUUAAGUCUCCCCCCAUUUAUUGCAUAUGUUGAGUAUGGUUAAUGCUCUUAUCCGGUGAUAUCACGUGAAACACUGUGUUGCUCCAGCCGGCCAAAGGGGUUCAUCCCGCCACAUGACGUGACCACCGAUUUUGGGCCCUCUGUCAGAGAGCAACAAGGCUUAUUUUCCAAUGUUUCCACGGUAUGGCUGAGGAGUAGGACUUGUAAUUUCAUAGGAUUCUAUGAAAUGCUUUUUUUUUCUUUUAACCAAAGAAGUGUAAAUAUAAUAAUAAUAAUAAUAAUAUAUUAACUGUACUAAAGUUUACUAUCACGGGAUAGUAAACUAACUGGCACUUUUACGUGCAUCAGAGCUCAAGGAUUUUGUGACCUAGUCGUAGGUAGUUGUAGUUCUCCUUUACUGGUUUUGUUUCCCCUUCACGUGUUACCAAUGCCGUCUGUUGUCGCCUGGAGAAGCAACCAACCAGGAAAUAUAUCCAUAAACUACGCCUCACUCGUCAUGGACAGCUCCGGCCGCGCUCUCAACCUAAAUCUUUUCCAAGUAUUUUUUUAGUCAUGUUAUCUUUUUUUUAAGGUUUUUUGGCCUCCAAGUUCACAAGCAAACAUACUCAAUCUCCAUUCUGAUUGGCCAAUCUCACUGGAUGACGAUACUGCUAUUGGUCGCUUACAAGCGUCGUUCGAUUGCGGUCACCCAAUAACUUAUUCCAGUGGGAUAUUAUCGCUUGAGAUCGGCAAUAGCGCCCGAUAUUCACACUAGGGAUCCUCAAUAUGGUCAAGUGAUAUACGAAUCUUAUUACCCGGGAUCUUAAUCAAUACGAUAUUUGGACAAAAAAAGUUUUUUCGUCUUUAAGCCUUAGUCACGCAAUGAAGUUGGAGUUCAGGCAUUCGGACGAGGAUGGUCAAUAGCGUCCAUGAUUCGGUGGUGUUCGGGAGGAGGAGGACGAGGAGGGGGGAGGGGGAUAGCCAGUCUUGAACUGUAGUACGUCCACUCUCCACAAGGGGAGGUUCCCUGCCACUCCAUCACCAACACCACCACAUAAGACAACAUGAGCCUCCACCACAUAAGACAACACGAGCCUCCACCACAUAAGACAACACGAGUCUCCACCACAUAAGACAACAUGAGCCUCCACCACAUAAAACAACACGAGCCUCCACCACAUGAGACAACACGAGCCUCCACCACAUAAGACAACACGAGUCUCCACCACAUAAGACAACACGAGCCUCCACCACAUAAAACAACACGAGCCUCCACCACAUGAGACAACACGAGCCUCCACCACAUAAAACAACACGAGCCUCCACCACAUAAAACAACACGAGCCUCCACCACAUGAGACAACACGAGCCUCCACCACAUGAGACAACACGAGCCUCCACCACAUAAGACAACACGAGUCUCCACCACAUAAGACAACACGAGCCUCCACCACAUGAGACAACACGAGCCUCCACCACAUAAGACAACACGAGUCUCCACCACAUAAAACAACACGAGCCUCCACCACAUGAGACAACACGAGCCUCCACCACAUAAGACAACACGAGUCUCCACCACAUAAGACAACACGAGCCUCCACCACAUAAAACAACACGAGCCUCCACCACAUGAGACAACACGAGCCUCCACCACAUAAGACAACACGAGCCUCCACCACAUAAGACAACACGAGCCUCCACCACAUGAGACAACAUGAGCCUCCACCACAUGAGACAACACGAGCCUCCACCACAUGAGACAACAUGAGCCUCCACCACAUGAGACAACAUGAGCCUCCACCAAUAACUCCUCACCUCAUGAGAUAUAAUGAAUGUUUCUACCGUUGUCUCCUUCAGUGAGCGGUCGUCAGGGAACGCUGCACGCAACACGCAGUCUCACUCAACACAAUUCCAAACUAAUUUAUGUUUUUUUUUAAAUCUGAGGAACUUAAUGUGAGCCUAAUAACUUUAGGUGAAUUAACUAAAUCAGGUUGAAUGUAGCAGCGAUGUUCAAGUUGGGUAAACAAAGAAACUUACCAAGUGAGACAUUAUUGAAUCAGCAAAGUCCAAGUAAAGUCCUGAUAAAGUCUCCUCGAUCCAAACGUCGUCAAUAAAGUCUUUCAAAUUCACAUGAGCGAAAUAAUGGCCAAAGAAUUCUUUAUAAAAGUUUAAAAAAAACUUUGACCCAUAAAAAUUUGAACAGAAUUUAUACAAGCAAAAUGUCCCCCAAUAAAUAUAUCGUAAAAUUCCCACCAGAGAAACAGUCCAAUAAACUCUUGGCUUUAGUAAGUGCCUUUGUUUACCUCUCGACAAGAAGUUUAUAAGUAAAUUAAAUCUUGUAGUCACACAAAGGUGAGAAAAAUAUAUAUAUAUAUGACUUUUCAAAAGAUUGUAAUUGUGGGGGGAAAAGUUCUUAUGACAAAAAAAUACGUUGUUGGACUCGGUGUGAUUAUUCAGAGACAAUAUUCAAAUAAAAAUACAAUCAAUCGUGAUUGUUAAAUUUAUGAUUUAGACACAAACAUAUUUAAUAUAUAUUCGCUCAAUUUACAAUCUAGUCAUCACGCAAAAUACAUAUACUUGAAAAGUUCAACUAUCAGUCUAGUCAUCACACAAAAUAUACAUACUUGAAAAGUUCAACUAGCAAUCUAGUCAUGACCCAAAGAACACAAUAGCAUUGAUGGUGUGGCAGCGGCGGUGUGUUAGCAAGGGUAUCUUCAUGUCAUUCGCAGCGUCUUCAUGGCAGAUUAUCAGCGUCUUCAUGGCAGAUACGCAGCGUUCAAUCCCAGUGGACUUGCAGGCGCGAAUGACUAAGUGGUGUUUAAACAUGCACAAUGAUAUCUGUAAUUCUGAGCUUUAAUUCGUUGUAGUUUAACGAGUGUGUGUGUGUGUGUGUGUGGGAGCGCGGAAACAGUUCAACGCCUCGGUGACACUCGCUACAAGUGAGUGUGUGUGUGCGUGUCUGUCUUGUGCGAUAGCUUGGCUUCUCCAAGAAAUAAAUACGUUGUUAAAAGUAUGUUCGUGAGACGCAACAAAUAUAGCCGUUCCGGGAUUCUCGUAUGACGUAGGAAAAUGAAUCCGUUAGCGGGACGUUCGUAUGACGAAGGGACGAGGAACGUGAGGCUGUUGUGAAGGGCGACCGAGAAUAGGUCGGCCCCCCCAACAGCACCUCACACCUCGGCCUUCACACACAAUAAAUACUCUGCCUUUCUCGAAUAAGAAAUUAUUUUAUAUGUAAAUUAUUUGUCUUAUUUAUUAACUAUGUAUAAACUCACUGUGAAUAAUAAUAAUAAUAAUAAUAAUAAUAAUAAUAAUAAUAAUAAUAAUAAUAAUAAUAAUAAUUAUGGACUUGUUGAGAAUGCCAUGGUGAUAAACAUAUAUGUUAGCUUAUUGGAAGGGCUUCUCCCAGCUAUCUUCCUGAGGACCACCGAGCUCUUCAGAAAACAUAGUAACAAAGCCUGAAGCCUUUCCGAAUUGUUGACACAGGGGAAGCGAUACCCACUGGUCGCAGAAGCGGACGGCUGGAGAGGCCACAACGACCUCAGGAGGCAGAAGACGUUAGGUCUGGAAGCCGCAAGGACCUCUGGAGGCAGGAGACAUUAGGUCUGGAAGCCACAAGGACCUCUGGAGGCAGGAGACAUUAGGUCUGGAAGCCACAAGGACCUCUGGAGGCAGGAGACAUUAGGUCUGGAAGCCACAAGGACCUCUGGAGGCAGGAGACAUUAGGUCUGGAAGCCACAAGGACCUCUGGAGGCAGGAGACAUUAGGUCUGGAAGCCACAAGGACCUCUGGAGGCAGCAGACGUUAGGUCUGGAAGCCACAAGGACCUCUGGAGGCAGGAGACAUUAGGUCUGGAAGCCACAAAGACCUCUGGAGGCAGGAGACAUUAGGUCUGGAAGCCACAAAGACCUCUGGAGGCAGGAGACAUUAGGUCUGGAAGCCACAAAGACCUCUGGAGGCAGGAGACAUUAGGUCUGGAAGUCACAAAGACCUCUGGAGGCAGGAGACAUUAGGUCUGGAAGCCACAAGGACCUCUGGAGGCCGGAGACGGUAGGGGUGGAGAGGCGGCGAGGACCUCGAAGCUCACAAGAGCACUGAACAACACACCGACAAAUUAAAGUUUUCAACGCUCGGGAGGCACACACAGACGGGAGUGAUAAGUAAUGCAAAGAGUAAAUACAUCUUCUAAAGGAAAUCCUGUCACGUGUUUAAAUUAGUAAUGAAUAAAAUUAAUUAUUACCUGGGAAGGGAGAGCCGGCAUCACAAUAUUUUCAGCCAGGCUUAAAAUGUCAUUUUCAGCGUAUUCGGUAUUGUUUUAUUAAGCUUCAGUCCGGUGAUUGACACUGACAAAGAGUGGUUUCCCGAUCCCAUUCUAAUGAUGGAUUUUGAAUUUUACAUUUUUCUUACACAUCUAUAUUGAAGAGAAACUAAGUUGAGCUCUACAUGUCUGUAACAUCAGAAUUCGAUAUUUCACAAAGGUAAUUAAAUUCACUGACAUUUUUUAAAAAAAUCUGAAAAUUCAGCAUGGUUGUAAACUUUAUAAACUGUUACAAUUCCGGUAUCUGAAGUCGCUGUAGG